AUGGGGACUAAAACACUCCCCACAGAGACCGACUUUAAUAUGCUGCAGUUUGAAAAGAAAUUAUCUUCUCUUAAAGAUUCGCAGGAUAGCAUAAACAGCUGUUGCCAGUGGUGUCUGCAGAAUAGGGUGCAUCAUAAGAAAAUAGUCACUGCAUGGCUUAAUGUGCUGAAACGAGUGAAAAUCGAACAAAGACUUGUGUUGUUUUACUUGGCCAACGAUGUUGUGCAGUACAGCAAGAAAAAGAACUACGAGUUUGUCGAGAGCUGGGGUACAGCCAUACAGAAAGCCACCACCAUGGUUCGGGAUGAAAAAGUUAAGCAUAAAAUCCUUAGGAUAUUUAAAAUUUGGGAACAGAGGGGUGUCUACAAUGAAGAAUUCAUAUCCGACUUAUGCGGUUUGAUAAGCGUCGUUCCCAGCGCCCCUAAAGCUGAUGAACCCCACGAAUUUCAACCAAGUUUUGUGAUUAAGAAGAUAAAAACUUGCAUGCAACUGGAGACUGAUACCGACGCAAAGUUGAACCUGCUGAAAGAACACAACCCGAAAAUUCAGGUCACCCCUGAGUUGUACUCCUCGUUAAAAGACAGGGCUCAUCUGGACGAUGUGGAAAAAGAGAUUGAGGUGUACGCCAAAAAUAUGGAGGACUACAUUAACGCCUUGAAGUCUGAGAUUAAAAACAGGAUAACUUUAAUAUCGGUGUUAAAACAGUCGGAAGGACAGCUUGAAGCCGACAGGAAGGAUGUGAAGCUGGUUGCGCAUGCGUAUAAAAUGUUCGGGAUGAGGGUGAAAACAUUCCAGAGGAAACUUGAGGAGCAUAAAAGCAACCUUUCCAGUCCCAUACCGUCUCCAGACGUAAAUGCGCCCUCGCCUUCGCCCGAUUCAGAUAUAGAGUUGGUGGAGACACCAAAAAUUAAAAACAAUAUUCCCGACUUUAAUCCCGCCAUGCAGUUUGCUAAUCCGGGGUAUUAUAAUCCGGUGCCUCCACCUAAAACUGAAAGUUCUGAUGAGUUUACUUCUAAUGGGUUUAGCAGUUUUAUAGGGUCAAAUAUGCCCUUUGAUUUACAGAACAUGUUCUCAAACCCAAUGAGCGAAUCUUCGACGGCCGUGACGCCAACUACCACCAAUUAUGUGGGCCCAGUGCAGCCCCCAUUGCCGGUCGAAGCGCCGAUACCCUCCCUAGAUACCAACUACUAUCCCUCGAGUCACGUUCCCCUUCUACCGCCCCCCAUGCCUCCUUUCAGCGCUAAACCAGACUACGGGAACCAGGCUUACAAUCCAGCGCAGGCGUACCAGGGUACACCUUCUAAUUCCACUUAUGGCGACAGCAGCUUCAACAGCUCCAUGUUCGACCAGAGCGCCAACUUCGAGCCGCCUCUGGGCGCCAACCCCUACCCGCCCUCCGUUGAAGAAUACAACCCCGAGCAGGAGAUCGAAACGUGGGACACGGAUCCCAGCUGGCCGACGGCCAAGGACAUCGAGACGCCCGAGAGUCCGCCGAUGUUCGAAAAGGAGAGCUUCGGCAACCCCAUCGAGUACCACGACAACGCGCAGAGCGGCGCUCUCGACGUGGAUCAGAGGGUGCUGCCCGGCAUACUCGAUUUAGAGGAUUCCUUGAGCAGUCUGGGAGGCAAAGACGUUGACCACCGCAACUUGAUAAGUCUGACCGGUUCGCCGGCGCAGGCAGAUUCAAAUUCCAACCACAACAGCGACCCGCCGGCGUGGAGCAAUUCGGACAAGGACUACCGAAACAAGCCGACGGACGCCAACUUGGACCAAGACUACCGCCUGCCGUUGGACAUCAACCUCAAGCUGCCGCCGCCGCCGCCGCCCCCGCAAAAAACCGACGAAAAACCGCCGAAGAAGCCGGACAACGUCGAGUGCACCGACAUGGAUCUCAGCGACGACGACAACGAGCGCAGGAAAUCCCUCGAACCGCCCCCGCAGCUGCCGGACUUCUCCCUCGAACCGCCGCCGCCGCUCCCGGACCUCCCGGACGACAUCGACGCCAACAACUUUUUGGACGACCUCAGCAACGACCUGAACGAGUUCAGCAACCUGUCCGACGAUUUCCUCGGCGGCGGCGGCUGGGACCGCGCGCCGCCCCCGAUGCCCCCGAUGAUGCCGCCCCCGCCGCACAUGCAGAUGAACCAGUUUCCGCCGCCGCGCAUGCCGAUGAACAACUACAUGCCGCCGCCGCCCCCCAUGAUGCCGCCGCCACCUGAAGAAGACUACCAGGAUUGGGGCGGCGCGAACGAGAACCAGUGGCAGAACUUCAACAACAACAGUUUCAGGGGAAGGGGCGGCGGCCAACAUAACAACAGGUUCAUGGGUAACAACAACAACAACAAAGGCACCCCUCGCGGUCGAGGGAGGGGCGGCGGCAAUUUUAACAGUUUCAGGGGCGGCAACAACUUCAGAGGGGGGGACAAUUUCAGGGGCAGGUCUCCAGGUAGGGGGGGACGUGGACAAGGAGGAAUGCAUCGCCCCAAAGGUAAUUUUAGGGGGAACUUUAGAGGAGGGUACUAA